UAAUUCGUUACCCGGCCACCUCUCUCUCUCGCGUUUCUUGGAGUUUCAUUCACCGUCUCUACUCUCCUUUUUGUCAGAACGAGCUUCUACCUCAAUUGCCUCCCUACCCGUGUGCCCCAAGCUUGGCAUUGCAGUCCCUUCCAGCGCUGGGUCUUCAUUAGUAGAACCUGAAGCCAACCCUUUCCAGUAUUCUUAUGCUUCCGCCACAAUAGCCUGGAUGGCUUUUCUGUAAUCUGAUCCGCCGCGACUCGACUCUCCCAUUGCAAUCCAUGACCAAAUCAGAAGAGAGAUCACGGCGACAAAUCCGCAAAGAAGCUCGGUUGGAAAAGAAAGCUCAGAUACAUGAAGCUCGCCUCCAACAUCAGAAAGCUCUAAAGCUUAAGAAAAUGUCCAAAAAUGUGAAUAAAUCUUCUGGUAAGAUUAAGAAGAAUGUAAAAAAGAAAGAAUUUUUGGCACCAAAUGGAAACUCUGAGUCUGAGAGUGGGAGUCAGAGUUUGGGGAAGGAGAAAUCUAAUUCUAACAUCCUGCCAAAGGAAGUUGAAGUUGAGGAGGAUAAGCCGCUACUGAAAAGAAAAAAGGGUUCUAAAGGAAUAUUGAAAAAAAAGACUAAGUUUGAGGAGUAUCUUGAAAUGGGCAUGCACAAUUCUACUCAUUUAUUAGCAGAAGAGGACUUGGAAAUGGAAAGGAAACUUGCCAAGAAACUCAAGGUCAAGGAUGGUGGAAAAUUAAGGGGAGAGGAUGAUGGUAUCAAUUUCUUGUUUGAUUCUUCUGGGGAAGAAGAAGAACUCCAACAGUUUUUCGGAAAGAGAUCUGAAACUAAGAAACAGAAGAAGAAGAAGAAUAAGAGCAUUUCAUUGAAUCAAGCAGAUCACUCUAGUAUUCAAACUUCUUCUGAACCAGUGGAAACAUGUGACGUACACAUUUUGGAAGAAGUUCCUGAUGAGGAUGAGGCUUCUUCAAGGAAGAAGCAUAAGAAAAGAAAGUUGUCGGAGCAAGAACAAGAAGCUGACAUGGUGGUUGAGACAGCUGUUGUUACAUCCAAGCCGGUCCAGUCUUGUGCUGCCAAAGAAGUUCCUGCUAAUGCACCUGCAGGGAAGGGCAAUGGAAAAUAUAUUGCUCCUCAUUUGAGAGCCUGUGCAGGAAAUGAGUCAGAAGAGCAUAUCCAAACACGUAGACGUGUACGUGGUCUUCUGAACAGGUUAUCUGAAUCGAAUGUGGAAUCAAUAACGAAGGAAAUAUCCAAUAUUCUUCAUUCUAUUACUCGUGGUGCUGCUUCUCAAAUUUUCAGUGAGGAGGUUUUGGCAUCUUGUUCUGGAGGUCCUCGUGGCAAUGAACAGUAUGCUGCUGUUUUUGGUGCUUUUGUUGCUGGGAUGGCAUGUUUAUUUGGAAAUGAAUUUAGUGCAAAGCUUAUGGCUUCCCUUGCUAAAUGUUUUGAGGAUGAGUACCACAAAGAAGACAAUCUUUCUUUGCGAAAUAUUACUCUUUUGCUCUCCUAUUUAUACAUUUUUGGAGUUUGCUCAAGUGAUUUGAUAUAUGAUUUUCUGUUAACGUUGAGCAAGCGGUUAACAGAGAUUGAUGUCUCUGUCAUCUUGACAACUUUACAAUGCUGUGGCAUGAAAAUAAGGGCUGAUGAUCCUGCUGCCAUGAAAAAUUUUAUUCUCAAUGUUCAGAAUAGGGUCAAUGAGUUGAAGGUCUCCUCUGGAGAUGGCCAGGAAAAUAUACUUAGCAAAAGGAUGGAAUUUAUGCUUGAAACCAUUUGUGACAUCAAGAACAACAAGAAAAGGGUUAAAGAGGAUCCUGCUCAUCACACACGGAUAAAGAAGUGGCUGCAAAAGUUAAGAGUAGAAGGCAUUUUAAUUAGAGGGCUCAAAUGGAGCAAGCUUCUUGAUCCUGAGAAGAAGGGCCAAUGGUGGUUGUCUGGGGACAUGGCUUCCACAAUGGACAAUGUUGCAGAGAUUGCUAGCACAAUUGACAAGGAGGUUCUUGAAGCCCAGAAAAUGCUGCAGCUAGCUGCUGCACAGCGGAUGAAUACAGAGGUCCGAAGGCAAAUCUUUUGUAUAAUAAUGAGUGGGGAGGACUACAUUGAUGCAUUUGAGAAGCUUCUGAGUUUGGAUCUACAAGGAAAGCUGGACAGAGAGAUCAUGCGCGUUCUUGUUUAUUGCUGUUUACAGGAGGAGAAAACAUUUAAUAAGUAUUACACUGUUCUGGCUUCGAAGUUGUGUAGGCAUGACAAAAACCACAAGUUCACUUUACAGUUUUGUAUUUGGGAUCACUUCAAAGAGCUCGAGUCAAUGCCGCUUAUUAGGUCAAUGCACCUUGCAAAAUUUGUAGCUGAGAUGGUUGCCUCUUUCACUCUCUCCCUUGCAGUUUUGAAGACUAUAGAACUAGGUAACAUGAAGCAGCUCACCCCAAAAAGGAUUAUGCAUUUCAGGAUGCUAUUCGAGGCCCUUUUUGAGUAUCCUGAUAAGCUUAUAUGGAACAUUUUUACACGUGUGGCCAUCACCCCAGAGCUUGAAAGUCUUAGACAUGGCAUUGAGUUUUUCAUCAAGCAGUAUGUUCUGAAAUCCAAUAAAGCCAUCUCUGAAAAAUUUAAGGUUGUAAAGAAAGCCCUUAAUAAUGCUGAAGGAGUCCUCUUGUGAGUCCAUUUUCAGUAUAUCAAAUUUUGUUAGCCUAACUAUUUUACAAUAGCGAAUUGCCAAACUUUAUGUUGGAAGGCCCUUACAUCUAAUUUAUCCAAUGAGUUGAAUUAUUUAGAUUAAUAAGAUGUUACAUGCCUCUUAUCUA